AUGAGUGAAAGGAAGAGCUUGAAUCACAAGACCAUUGAAUCCAGAAAGGUUUCAUACUCCAUACCAGAGGAGAUGGCAAAAGGUUCAUUUGUCGGAAACAUUGCGCAGGAUUUGGGACUGGAUAUAUCGCGUCUGGUGUCUGGUGGAGCUCGCAUUUUCACCGAAGACGGAUUUGAAUACCUCGAGCUGCUGCGGGGAAAGGGCGAACUAGCUGUGAAAGAACGAAUAGACAGGGAACAGCUAUGUGGACGUGUCUCACCCUGCAGUUUGAAUUUUCAGAUGAUUAUUGACAAUCCAAUGGAUCUUCAUCCACUUAAAAUCUUGAUCCAAGACCAAAACGAUAACGCGCCUCAGGUUCUGUACCCACCGGAGACUGGUGUCUCUCUGGUGGCUGACAUUGUACCUCGUUCUGCAGACGUUGGGUAUCUCGUCACUAAAGUGGUCGCUGUUGAUAUGGACUCCGGACAGAAUGCCUGGCUCUCAUAUAAGUUUCUGAAAUCGACAGACAGGGCGCUGUUUGAAGUGGGAUCACAAAAUGGAGAAAUAAGAACUUUACGUCAAGUAACUGAUAAAGAUGCUGUUAAACAAAGACUUACUGUUGUAGUGGAGGACAACGGACAGCCCUCCCGCUCAGCGACCGUGAAUGUGAACGUUGCGGUGGCUGACAGCUUCCCAGAAAUGCUCUCAGAAUUCACCGAUUUUACGCACGAGAAGGAUUACAAUGACAAUCUUACUUUUUAUUUAGUAUUGGCCUUGGCUGUAGUUUCUUUCCUAUUCGUUUUAUCUUUAGUUGUUAUGAUAUCCAUAAAAGUCUACAGAUGGAGACAAUCUCGCGUCUUCUAUCAGUCUAAUCUCCCAGUUAUUCCUUAUUAUCCACCUCAUUACGCAGACGUUGGAGGUACAGGAACUCUGCAGCACGUUUAUAAUUACGAGGUGUGCAGGACCACUGACUCCAGAAAGAGUGACUCUAAGUUUAUCAGACCCUGUAGUCAGAGUGUGUUAAUAGUGGACCCCAGCUCCACCGAUACAAUGCAGCGCAUGCAGAAUGAAAGGAACAUCUUGGACGAGCCGGACUCACCACUACAGGUGAGAGUUUUCUUUGUCAUUUGGAUCUUCUAA